AUGGAACUUUUCCACUUAUUCAGUUUAAUUACUUCACAUUUUCUACAAAGUAAUGUCACACAUUUGACAGUAGCAAAUUGCUGGGAUAUAAGAGAAACACUUUUAUUCAAUGAAUUCACGAGAAAUAAUUUGAUGUUUGUAAAAUUUCAUAAUUUAAAUAUCACAGAAAGGAAUGCACAUAAUUUUAAAGCAAAAUUUUGUUCAAAUAAUUAUUUGCCACAAGUUGGAAUAAUAUUAGAUUUUGAUUGUACUGAAAGCUACAAUAUUAUCAAAUUGGCAAAUUUAACACCAUUUUGCUUUAGUGCCAACUAUAAAUGGCUUAUAUUUAGUAAAUUCAGCGUAUUUGAUAAUUUUUAUAAUAUUUUCAAGGAUGCAUCACUAUUUGUUGAUACUGAAAUAAAUUUCUUGCAAUUUUCAAAUGGUAUGACCUAUUUCAAUAUUACAGAAACAAUAAAAAAUUAUGAUGUCUACAAUAAUGGAAGAACAAAAGGAGGCAAAUUAAAUAUUACAUUGGAAAGUAUUGCAGUUUUUAAUAGCGAUAAUCAAACAAUCGAAAUUCAAAAAACCAAUUUAACAUUACAAUCAAAAUAUAAAAAUCGAUUAUUAUUAAAUGAUCUUGUAUUAAGAAUGGGAACUGUGAUCGUAUCAAAGGAACAUCUACAAUCAAAGGAAACAAUAAUCGCUUACCUUGAAAGCUCAAAUAAUACACAUGUGGAACCAUUUUCACGUCUUGGAUACAAAUAUGAAAAACUCCUUCAGGAUAUUUUUCAAUACAAGAUUGAAAUAGUAGUUUAUGAUAAAUGGUCAACAAAUGGAUCAGCCGGUGGUGCAUUUGGAGCUAUUGUUGAUGGUCAAGAUGAUUUAAGUGGGGUUUUAUUUACAUUAUAUCCAGGAAGAAUGGCUAAAGCACAUUUUGUUAUUCAACUUGGAGAAUUUCGUUCAGUAUUUUUCUUUCGAACUCCUCGAAGUGAAGGUUUAACAAACUAUGUAUUUUUAAAGCCAUUCAGUAAACUUGUAUGGAUUGCAAUGCUUCUAACCAUUUUAAUAACAACAAUAUUACUUUAUAAAAUAUUUAAAGUUGAACGAAACAUUUUUUCGAAUUUUCAAUUUUUGCCAUCAUACUUCACAUUAUUAUUAAAUUCAGUAGCAGUUUUAUGUCAACAAGAUUCAUAUUUUAUCCCAAAAACAGCUGGAGGAAGAACAGUUUUAUUAACAAUUUUUAUUUUUUCAUAUAUUUUAAACCAAUAUUAUGCAUCUGUUAUAAUAUCUUCGUUAUUGUCGACACCACUAAAAACAAAUAUUAAAACUUUAGAACAAUUAGCUGACAGUAAAUUAGAUGUAGGAUUUGAACCAAUUGUUUAUAUCUAUGAAUUUUUAAAAUCUAAUACGUCAUCUGUAAAAUAUUUUACGAAUAAACGUGUUAAUUUACAAAAUCCUAAUCCAAAACAAUUUCCCGAUGCUAGAAAAGGAAUUUCACUUAUUCGACAGGGUGACUAUGCCUAUCAUGCUGAAGCUACAACUGCAGUUCGCCUCAUUGAGGAAUUAUUUACUCCUGAAGAAAUUUGUGAUUUAAAUGAAGUUCCACUUAGAGGUGAUUUUCCGGCGUCAAUACCAAUAAAUCAAAAAUCACCAUUUAUUGAAAUGAGAAGACAAAAAUAUUUGUUGUUACUUGAAAUUGGUUUAAUUGAUAAACAUAGAAAACAAUGGAUGAAAUCUAGAGUUCGUUGCUUUUCAAAAAGUAAUGUUGGAACUGUUGGAAUGGAAUACGCAGAACAACUGAUAAUGGUUUUAAUAAUCGGAAUAUUUGCAUCAGUACUUUUACUUAUAAUAGAAGUAUUUAUUAAUUGUUUUUAUAAAAAAUAUUAUCCUCACGCAGUCCCUAAGUAA